AUGUCAUAUGGUUCAAAAGCUGCCGAAAGAUUGGCUCAAAAAGUAGUUCUUAUCACUGGUGCUAGUGCUGGUAUUGGUGAAGCCACCGCUAAAGAAAUAGCUGAUGCUGCUGCUGGAGAUGUCAAAUUAAUUCUUACCGCUAGAAGAAAAGAUAAAUUAGAUUCAUUAUCUGAUUCUUUAAUCAAACAAUAUCCAGAUAUCAAAGUUUUAACUACCGAACUUGACGUUUCCAAAACCGAUACCAUUCAACCUUUUCUUAAUGGAUUACCCGAAGAAUUUGCUGAUAUUGAUGUAUUGAUUAAUAACGCUGGUAAAGCUUUAGGUAGAGAUGAUAUUGGUACCAUUUUACAAGACGAUAUCGAAGGCAUGUUUCAAACAAACGUCUUGGGGUUAAUUGCAUUAACCCAAGCUGUUUUACCAAUAUUUAAAAAGAAAAAUUCUGGUGAUAUUGUAAACUUAGGCUCAAUUGCCGGUCGUGAUAGUUAUCCAGGUGGUGGGAUUUACUGUCCUACAAAAGCUGCAGUUAAAUCUUUCAGUCAAGUCUUAAGAAAAGAAUUGAUCAACACUAGAAUUAGAGUCUUAGAAGUCGAUCCUGGUAAUGUUGAAACAGAAUUCUCAAACACAAGAUUUAAAGGUGAUUUAGAAAAAGCUAAAAAAGUUUAUGAAGAUACUAUUCCUCUUGUUGCUGAAGAUAUCGCAGAAAUCAUUGUCUUUGGUAUCACUAGAAAACAAAAUACAGUUAUUGCCGAAACUUUGGUAUUCAGUUCUAAUCAAGCCUCUGCCUCUCAUCUCUACCGUGGUAAAAUUUAA